GAAUUAUUUUCGCUUUCACUUUGAGUGCUACGUCGGCAUAGACGCAUCGCGCAAAUUUUAGCAAAAACUUGAAAAAUGAGCAACAAUUCUUCGAGAACAUCGAUAAUAGUCAUUCUUUUGUGUUGUGCUAUAGGAACCUUGUUGUCUGUUUAUGCCCUGUAUGUAGAGAUAAAUGCUGAACAGGAUAAAAAUUACCGAGCUAAUUGUGAUAUUAGUUCUACAAUCAGCUGUUCAAAGGUCUUUAAAUCCAGAUGGGGCAAGGGAUUUGGUCUGAUUGGACUUGUAAUAGGAGAAGAUCAUCCACUCAACUUACCGAACAGUGUCUUUGGCAUUGUAUUUUACACGCUACAAGUAGCCUUAGCUUUCUCCUCUUCAUCAAGAUUGACCUCUCUGCAGUUGUACACGAGUAUUUUAUCCAAUAUAGCAUCCGUGUAUCUGGGGUAUAUUUUGUACUUCAUCCUGAGAGACCUUUGUGUUGUAUGUGUAUCGACUUAUAUUACAAAUGCUGUCCUUUUGGGUGCUAUUUAUUACAAGAACAAGGCAAUACAAGAGUCCAAAAGGACAAAACAAAGGAAAAAGCAGAAGUGAAUAAUUAAUUAACUGGACGUUUACUCCAUGUUCUUUAAAUGAAACAAGAUUUGGUCACAAUCCUGAGCAUAAAAUGUGAAUUUUAGUUGUUGUGCUAAUUGUAUGACUAUAUGCUCUAUAUGUAAUGCCUAGCCUUAAUGAGUUUUGAUUUCAAUUUGGAAUGUUCACAAUGAAGGAAAUUAGUUUUGGGGAGGAGUUUACUAAGAUUAAUUAUACAAAUUUAUUUUUGGCACAGAUGUGCAUGUUACAAACAGUAUAUUGCCGAACAAAGAUUUUGUUGCCUUAUUCAAUUUACAUGUACACAGAAGAUUGCAGUUUCAUAUAGAAAAUUUUCAUGUGAUAAAAUAUCCUGGAAUUGAACUAGAUACUAUUUACCAGAUUAAUUUUUCUGAAUAUUAGCAGUAGUACAUGCAUUAUGAUCAUAUAUAUAUUUUAGAGCUUAAUAGAGAUUAUCGCAAAUCUAAAGGUGCCUGUCCAUCAAUAGUAUUAAAUUAUGUACUGCAGUUUGUACCAAAUUUACCGAAACUUUUUUUAUUUCACCAAGAGGCUCUACAGGGAGCCUUCUUUUUGAAUCACACUUUAACAUAAGUAUUAUUUUGAUACCAUAUAUGCUACCUCCGUUUAGUAUGGAAGAUGGUAAGUAUUAAUACUAAAACUGGUGGCCGUACUUAAUUCAUCUGGAAGCUGCCACUUAAUUCAACUGGUGGCCACCAUUAAUUUAUUUGGUGGCUGCCAGUUAUUCAAAGGGGUGCAUCGUUUGUAACUCCCUCUCCUAUGAUUGAUUACGUGUUUUACAAUUUAGAACCGUUAUCUUUUUUCAAACUUGUGGUCAAUUCAUAUUCAUGAAUGUUCCCAAUAUUAGAUAAUAGUUCUUUUAAUAUAUAUUACUAGUACAGGGGUAGAUCCAUAAAAUAUUCAGAGGGGUUUGUACUUUUUCUGUCCAAGAAGGGACACCCCCCCCCCCCAAAAAAAAAUGGGGGAAAUCCAACCUUUUUUGUUAAAAAUGUUCAAUGGGUGUGUGUGUGUUGCAUGCAACCCCAUCUAAAUCCACCACAGAGAUUUCAUGCACACAACAAAUUAUUAAUGUGUACAAAAUAUACAGACUACCACCAUACUAAUCUAAUCUCUUUAUAAAGAAUAGUUCAGCAGUACUAGAUAAAUGACAUUUUCAAUUGGUUGUUAUCAAAUAAAUUAAGUGGGGACUGCCAGAUGAAUGAAGUGAUGGCUGCCAUAUGAAUUAAAAGUGGCAGCCACCAUACAGAUAUUUAGCGACCACCAGAUACAUGUGAUAAGUGGUGGCUGCCCAUUAAAUUCUUUACCUUGGCACUUACUGCCUUCCAUAGUUUUGAAUUUAAAGAGCUAUGGGUAUUAAGGCUCUAUUUUUAAUGGUAUUGACAUAAAAUUCAAAACUACAUGUAGUUUCUUUUCAAUUGCUGAAAUGCCUAAUUGAUGUUAAGAAAAUGCAUUCAUGGAUAAAAGUUUUUUGACUCUC